AUGGCCACGAGUGACGGGACGGAGGAUGCUCUCCGGCGGAGGAAUAAGGAGUUGGAGAGGGAGGUGAAGAUGGGUAUGGAGAGAGAGGAUCGGAUGAAGGAGGAGCUCCGGAAGGUAUGGCGGCGGGUGGCGGUGGCGGAGGAGGCUGAGGAACGGCUGAGCUCCCAGCUGGGCGAGGCGGAGGCGGAGGCGGUGAAUCAGGCCAGAGAAUACAGAGCAAGGGUUAUGGAUCUAAUGAGACAGCUCUCUCAUGCGCACGGGCUAUUACACCAACAAUCUUCAUUCACCACCGCCAUUUCUCAAUGA